AUAUAAAGAUUUGUGUUAGAUAAGAAUGAAAAUAUCAAAAGAUUUUGUACCAAAGUAAAGCGGAUGUAAACAGUGAUAGGGGAGGCGGACACAUCAUACAGGGCGGAGGUUCUAUUACUCAUAAACCCUCAUCACAAUGCCGGCUUACCAUUGCAACUUGCCUCACCCGGGCUCAGUUGUGGGAAAUAUGGCAAUGCUUCCCAUAAGAACCAAGUACAGAGGACCUGCACCUGUCAUGUCUGCUGAAGGGAUUGAUGUGGUUGAUGAAGCAUUACAAUAUUUCAAAGCCAAUGUAUUCUUCCGGACUUAUGAAGUUAAGGGUGAAUGUGACCGAACCUUGAUCUAUGUGACUUUGUACAUUACCGAGUGUCUGAAGAAACUGGCAAAAUGCAAAGACAAGAAUACUGGAUCAAAUGAAAUGUACUCUCUUGCAGUCUCCAAGUUCCCUAUUCCUGGAGAUCCAUCAUUCCCACUGAAUGCUGUAUAUGCUCGUGCCAAGAAUGAUGCUGAUUUGGAACUGAUGCAGCAGUACCUCCAACAAUUGAGACAGGAAACGGGACUGCGUGUAUGUGAGCGUGUCUUCAACACUCCAGAUGGGAAGCCUUCCAAGUGGUGGCUCUGCUUUACCAAAAAGAAGUUCAUGGACAAAUCCCUUCUGGCACCAAGUGCAUAAGUUUGUACAGUAAUAGGCAAUUGACUGUGAACUGUAUGUACUGUAAUGUGAUUUCAACUUAUUGGUUGAUCAUUCAUUUCUAAAUAACUUAUUUCUAUUUCCAUACUAAACCUUUUUGAGGAAAAUUACAUUUUAUGUACAGGAUGUAUUGAAAGGAAAGAAUUUGUUUUAUUAAUAACCUUGUUCUAUGUGACUGUCAGUAACUAAAACAGUUUUUUUUUUCCACUGUACAUACUCACAAGUUGGUUAUUGUAAUAAUAAUAAAUACAAAAGAAAGUCUAUUGUAAUAAUAAUAAAUACAAAAGAAAGUCAAGUAGAAACUGUUAUCUAAAAAACUUGGCAAUCUUCACAUGUUGAUUUAUAUGUUUGAUUAUGUAAUAGUACUUCAGUAUUAUUGUAAGUGCUGAGGUAUUACAGUCCAGGAAACAUAGACAGUACCUGUACCAAUAUCUUUGACAUACAGUUUAAGAAAAUACACAUUUUUAUUUUAUCACUUAGGUUUUAUUGUUAAAGCAACACUAUAGUUACAAAUGUAAUUUUUUAGAUUUCAAAUACCAUGUGUCUACCAAUAUAUUUUUACUUCAUUGAAAGAAUUGAAAAUUAAUAAGGGCUCUGACUUAAGGAACCCCAUUCUUAUGCUUAACUCCAAUGUGUCGGGUCUGUUUUGCAUGAUUUAAUAAUUAUUGUUUUACUUAAAUAUGCUGGAAAGAACUUGUUAAUCCAAAUAAACUAGCGCCUGUUUACAUUUGAA